AUGGGUUUCCUAAUUGGGGGCUCCUGCUUCGCCCCAUCUACUCCUCUCCAUUCUCGAUUCCUCCCAUCCCCUUCUUCUUCUUCUUCUUCUCCGUCGCAGUUUCUGCUUCUUUGCUCCAGCAAUGUCGCCAAGUCCAAGCGUCGCCGACCACCAUCGGCUUCUCUGCGCCGCCAAGAUGCCAACGACGACGAUGCUUCCGUUAAGAGAAGAGCUUUUGUUCUUGUGGGCAUCUCCGUUCUUCCGUUUUUGCAGCUUCGAUCGCCGGCUAUGGCGGAUGAAAGAGACGACAAUGAGAUAAAGACAUCAAAGCUUAAUCAAGAAGCUGAGGUUGCAGUUAGUGAAGGAACAUCCCCAAAUCCAUUUCUGUCUCUCUUAAAUGGUCUUGGAAUUUUUAGUGCUGGUGUUCUUGGUGCUCUCUAUGCUCUGGCUCGGAAAGAUACACAAACUGCUGAAGAAACCAUCGAAUCUCUAAAGAAGCAGUUGAAAGACAGAGAAAGAGCACUAGUUUCCAAGGAGAAAGACUUUGAAGCAAGACUGCAGCGCGAGCAGGAAGAGCGGAAGAAAGAACAAAAAAAGGCAGAAGAGGAACAGUUGUCAUUGAUCAACCAGUUGACUUCUGCAAAGGAUGUGGUGACAGGGUUAGGCCGAGAGCUAAGCAGCGAAAAGAAAUUAUGUGUGGAGCUUAAAGCUCAAAUCGAAAGUCUGCAAACUAAUCUAUCAAAGGCUGGUGAAGACAAAAAGGCACUUGAAACAGAGCUCAGAGAAAAGCUUGAUCUGGUUGAGAUGCUACAAGACCGGAUCAACUUGCUUAGUUUGGAGCUGAAAGAUAACGAAGAAAAAGCUCAACGUAUUAGCACAUCGCUGGCAGCAAAAGAAGCAGAGCUGAAGAAUCUCAACUCUGCUUACACUCAAACAAGCCGAGAUCUUGCUGAAGCAAAGUUAGAAAUCACACAGCUGAAGGAAGAAGUCACAAGAAUUCAGACUGAAUUGGACUCGAAGAAUUCCGCCAUUGAAGAGUUAAACACGAGAACAAGCACUUUAGUGGCUGAGAAAGAGAGUUAUAUCCAAAAGCUUGAUGAUGUUUCGAAAGACUACAGUGCUUUGAAAGUGACUUCUGAAGCGCGAGCAGCUGCUGAUGCGGAGCUCAUUAGCAGGAAAGAGCAGGAGAUUCUGCAGCUAAAGGAACAGCUAGAUCGUGCGCUAAAUGAUGUAAAUGUGUAUAAGGACAAAGUUGCUGAGUUGACUGAGAAGUACGAAGACUCGAAGAGAAUGCUGGAUAUAGAACUGACUAAUGUUCAAAAUUUGAGGCAUGAACUUGAAGGAACAAAGAAAACACUUCUGGUAUCUCGAGAUCGUGUCUCUGACCUGGAAAAGCUGCUUGAUGAGUCGAGAGCUUUGUGUUCAAAGUUUGAAUCAGAGCUUUCUAAAGUUCACGCAGAGUUUGAUAAAGCUAAGGAAAGAUAUGAAAAGAAGCUUGACGAGGCAAAACGAGACGGUGAGAUUUUGGCUAGCGAACUUGCAGUGGAGAAAGAUCUUCUGAAGAAAGCUAAAGACAAGCUUGAGGGACUGACCCAUGAACUCGAAGAGUCUACUGCCAAGAACCAGAGCCUCCAGAAGGAACUAGUGGAGAUUUACAAGAAAGCCGAAACCUCUAACAAGGAAUUGGAAGCGGAGAGAAAGACGGUUUUGGCAUUGAACAAAGAGGUGAAAGCAAUGGAAAAGCAGAUGUUGAUGGACAGGGAGGCGAGGAAAUCACUUGAAACAGACCUCGAAGACGCAGUUAAGUCCUUAGAUGAGAUGAACAAGAACACGUCGACACUGUCACGAGAGCUUGAGAAGGUGAAUACCCAUGUCUCGAGCUUGGAGGACGAGAAAGAAGUGCUGCAAAGAUCACUAGAAGAGGCAAAGAACGCAUCUAAAGAAGCUAAGGAAAACGUGGAAGACGCUCAUAUCCUCGUGUUAAGUCUAGGAAAAGAGAGGGAAGUGCUAGAGAAGAAAGUGAAGAAGCUCGAGGAGGACUUGGGCUCUGCAAAGGGAGAGAUACUGCGCAUGAGGAGCCAACCGAAUUCUGUAAAAGCUGUGAACAGUACAGACGACAAAGAGAAGAGUGACGAUAAGGUUACUGUGAAGAAAGUUGUCAGGAGGAGAAAGAGCAGCACCAGUUCUUGA